UAGUCGAUUGAGUCGACUCGUCACUCGACUCAGUCGAGUGACGAGUCGAGUCGAGUCCAGCGGAAAAGCAAAGCGUACUAGUAAGCGUCAAGCAUCAAACCGCUGACGACACCCCAUCACCCGUGCACUUGGAGCAGCAUCAUUAACAGAGCUCAUGACAUCGGUCCUCUUGUCGAAGCUUUCGAUCAGCCCAAGAGAGUCCAAGUUGCCGCCGGUACGGUACCAGUAUUCAUUCAGCGGACUGAGGCUGGUGGAUCACUUAGCUACAGCGGGGAAGCAAUAGAAAAGAAGAAGAAAGAAAAAGACAAGAAAGAAGAAAGAUGUCGUUUUACGAUGUGGAGCACGAAAAACCGGUGGAUCGGAGCAACGUGCACAAGUGGAUCUGGGAAGAUCCUGCUCGCCACGGCAAUGUGUUGACGCAAGAUGGGAUCACUACCAUUGCGCAUCACAAGUACAAGGGUGGCGAGUACACGCAUUUGGACACAUUUAUGAAUCCCUUUUGGAUUUGGAUUACCGAGAACAUCAUUCCCAUGAGCAUGGCACCCAACAUGGUGACACUCGUGGGCAGCAUGGCCUGUGUGACAUCCUACUUGACCACGUGGUGGUUCAUUCCACAAUUUACCGAACGCAAUCAACCCAUGCCCAUGCCCAUGGCGCUGCUCCUGUUCAAUGGAUUUGCCGUGUUCUUUUAUCACACGGCCGAUUCGUGCGAUGGAAAACAAGCACGUCGAACGGGGACAUCCAGUCCGUUGGGACAACUCUUUGAUCAUGGACUCGAUUGUUACGCGGCCAUUUUUACAGUCUCGGUCGCACAAGGAAUUCUAUUGUUGGGACCCACACGAGCAUCGCUGUUGACUCAAGUGGCCAUUCAAUUGACAUUCUUUUCCACGCAAUUGGAAGAGUAUUACACCGGAGUGCUGUUGCAUGCCCAUUCCAAAUGGCUUGGUGUCACCGAGUGCGCCUACAUGCUGGCACUGGGCGGGAUGGCCAGUGCCUUUUUUGAUCGAACAGCCUACUUUAGUCAAUCCCUCCAAGACGUCUUGUAUCCCAUCCUCCCCAUUUCCAAAUUACCCAACAAUCCAAAUGAUCCCGAUCCAUUCGUCACUGUCCUCCACACGGUGCUGUCGGUACAACUCAAACACUGCGUCUAUGUCGGUUGGAUUGCCAUGUCGUGCAUGCUCACAUCCGGGUGCAUCUAUCGGACCGCCAAACACGUCUACCAGCAGUACAAUUUCACAUCCAUGCUCAGUGCUCUCUCCAAACUAUUCUCGCCCUUUUUGGUCGCCACUGUCAUGGUCCUGGUGACACCCAACGAUGUCGUACAACAAGAUGCUCGAUUGGUCUGUGUCGCAUCGGGGCUCUGUAUAUGCUUCAUUACCGUCAAAAUGAUUAUAUUCAGCAUGGCGCGCAUGGCAUAUGCCAGUAUCCAAUUGGAUAUACUGCCCAUUGUGGGGACACUAUUGUUUUUCGCGUGGGAAUGUGAUUAUGCAGAACAUCGACGAUUGCACCCUCCCGGAAUUACAUUUGGGUUGCAAGCGGUGGUGGUGUUUUAUAUGGCCCGCAUUGCCUAUUGGACAUCCAUUGCCAUUCGACAACUCUGUGAAAAACUCGACGUCUACUUGUUGACCAUCAAGCCGCCAAAAAAGGGGUGAAUGUGUAUUGGUUGGAUGUGUGGUGAAUGUAUGUUGUGUGUGUGUGGUCAGUAGGGUUGGUGGUUGGUGCUAUGCUAGUUGUAGGUAAACGAAAAUGUAAAUAAAAAUAUGCCGUGUC